AUGGCAUCGAGGCAGCUCGCUCGAGCCCGGCUUCUUCGAACGCCCGCUCUAUCACCGAACCGUGUAGUCCGUCCAUCCCAGACAUUACGUUGUCUCCCACAAACACAGUCCCUUCUCCCUAGGGCUUCUCUCACUGCCGCCCUGCAGUCGAUAUCUACAGUUCGCCACUAUGCUAACGGACGACCGCAUCCCCCGGGUGGUACACAUCGAAUGAAUCUGGGUGGCGAGCCAGAAAAGUCCGCAUUGGAACAAUUUGGUGUUGAUCUCACAGAGAAGGCCAAGAAAGGGAAACUCGAUCCAGUCAUUGGAAGGGACUCGGAAAUCCACCGCACUAUCCAAGUAUUAUCGAGGAGAACGAAGAACAAUCCCGUCCUCAUCGGAGCGGCUGGUACCGGCAAAACUGCGAUUCUGGAAGGAUUGGCUCAGCGAAUCGUGCAGGGGGAUGUUCCAGAAAGCAUCAAGGACAAGCGUGUCAUUGCCCUUGACCUUGGCUCGCUCAUUGCUGGUGCAAAGUUUCGGGGUGACUUUGAAGAACGUCUGAAGUCUGUUCUCAAGGAAGUUGAGGACGCGCAAGGUGGCGUUAUUCUCUUCAUCGAUGAACUUCACACUUUGCUUGGGCUAGGCAAGGCUGAGGGCAGCAUUGAUGCUAGUAACCUUCUCAAGCCAGCACUGUCCAGAGGUGAACUGCAGUGCUGUGGUGCCACCACUCUUAACGAGUACAGAUUGAUCGAGAAAGAUGUCGCUCUGGCUCGACGAUUCCAGCCCAUCCAAGUCGGCGAGCCGUCAGUCGCAGCUACAAUUUCCAUCUUGCGUGGUAUCAAGAACAAAUACGAAGUACACCACGGUGUGCGGAUUACCGACGCAGCCCUAGUCGCCGCAGCCACAUACAGCAACCGCUACAUCACUGACCGGUUCCUUCCCGAUAAGGCGAUUGAUCUCGUUGACGAGGCAGCAUCAGCUCUGAGACUACAGCAAGAAUCAAAGCCCGACGUGAUCAGAGAAUUAGAUCGUCAGAUCACUACGAUCCAGAUCGAGCUUGAAUCUUUGCGCAAGGAGACCGACAUCAGUAGUCGUGAGCGACGCGAAAAGCUGCAGGAGGACCUGAAGGCCAAACAAGAGGAAUCUGCGAAACUAACAGAGGUUUGGGAAAAGGAGAAGGCAGAGAUUGAGUCCCUCAAGCGCACUAAGGAAGAACUUGAACGUGCUCGGUUUGAGCUCGACCGAGCUCAGAGGGAGGGAAAUUUUGCGAAAGCUGGAGAAUUGAGAUAUUCGACAAUUCCAAGCCUUGAGGCGAAACUGCCCAAAGAAGGCGAGGAGGCGGCCGCGGGAGGUACGACAUUGAUUCACGACUCUGUGACUCCGGACGACAUCGCAAACGUCGUGUCUCGGACAACCGGCAUCCCUGUCAACAAGCUCAUGGCUGGAGAGGUGGAGAAACUAAUUCACAUGGAGGAUACGCUUAGGCAGUCGGUUCGUGGACAGGACGAAGCUCUCACUGCCGUCGCCAACGCUGUGCGGAUGCAGAGAGCGGGUCUGAGUGGUCAGAAUCGUCCGCUAGCAUCGUUCAUGUUCUUGGGUCCUACCGGUGUAGGAAAGACAGAACUCUGCAAGAGGAUGGCCGAAUUUUUGUUCUCAACUGAGACUGCCGUCUUAAGAUUCGAUAUGAGCGAAUUCCAGGAGAAACACACAAUCAGUCGCCUUAUUGGGUCGCCUGCCGGAUACGUCGGUUACGAUGAUGCCGGACAGCUCACAGAGGCUGUGAGACGGAAACCAUACGCAGUCCUGUUGUUCGACGAGUUUGAAAAGGCUCAUCGUGACAUAUCCGCGUUGCUACUGCAGGUUCUAGACGAAGGCUUCCUAACGGACUCCCAAGGUCACAAAGUUGAUUUCAGGAAUACCCUCAUAGUCUUGACUUCGAACCUCGGUGCCGACAUCCUCGUUGGCGCGAACCCAUUGCAUUCCUUCAAGGAUUACGGCAAUGCCGAGCUCUCCCCUGACAUCAAACAGGCGGUUAUGGAAGUCGUGCAGAGUGCCUAUCCUCCAGAGUUCCUCAAUCGUAUCGAUGAGUUCAUCAUCUUUAGGAGACUCUCACGAGAGGCGUUGCGGGAUAUCGUUGAUAUCCGAAUCAAGGAACUCCAGGCAAGGCUUGAUGACCGCCGCAUUGUCCUGCAAGUCGACAACGAGAUCAAAGAUUGGCUUUGCGAGAAGGGCUAUGAUCCCAAGUAUGGUGCUCGGCCUCUUAAUCGUUUGAUCGCCAAGGAGAUUGGUAAUCGGCUCGCUGAUAAGAUCAUCCGUGGUGAAUUGACCUCGGGACAAACUGCCGUCAUCUCGUUCAACGAGGACAAGACCGCGCUUGAAGUCACAGCAGAUGGUGCGAAGGAGGAAAAGGCAUGA